AUGGCAGUCUUACCCGUUCCGGAAACCACAGAGCCUCUUGCUACGCUUGACCCAACUCGUCGUCAAUAUCUUUGUCUGACAAUCUGCGGUUAUCGCAAGCCGGGAAUGAGUGAGGAAGCAUAUCGAAACCACAUGAUCAACGUUUCUGUUCCGAUGACAAAAGAUCUGAUGGUGAAGUACGGCAUCAGAAGAUGGACCCAGAUACACAAUCAAACCAGUACACGCGACCUCAUGUCGCAUCUUUUCGACUCACAAAUGGUAAAUGUCGCCGACUUCGAUUGUUUCCNNAGCCAGGUCGUCUUCGAGUCUAUUGAGGAUUACAAACGUAUGAAACAAGACCCUUGGUACAAAGAACAUCUUUUCAACGAUCACCUCGAGUUUGCCGACACAAAGAGGAGCAAGAUGACCAUCGGAUGGAUUGAGGAUUUCAUUCGGGAUGGGCAAGUUGUCCAGGAGUCAUCGUUCUAA